AUGGCGGGUAGAGCGGCCAAGAGGAUGCCCAAGACAACGUCUCCGACUUCGAAUUCGUCUUCCGACGAAAGCCAACGAAAACCAAGCCCAACAGAAGAUGGAAAGCGUGGGGCAAAAACGGAAACCAACGAAGAUCGACUUCCGCAAGAUAGCCAAGCAGCGUCAGCUCGGGCUCAUGGUGGCACCUAUUCUGUCGGCGUUGAUGCGAAUGAAUCUGUUCACGGAGACUCUGAAGGUGUGACGAUUGUCAAACAGAUGUUAGUGGAACUCAAGGAGCAAGGAGAGUCAGACCCUACUUUGAUCGACGGUUGGUACAACUGGUUGGACGACCUUCUGGCGCAUCACGCCACGCACGGUCAUUGCCAAGUACGGGACGCAGAGAACCACAUCCUCUACAGCUGGUUAAAGCGUCAACGUAUUAUGUACAGGAAGGGAAAGCUAGAACCGGACAAGCUACGAAUUCUGCAGCUCUUGAAGACCAACGGCUUCGACGUGCCCUCCGGUAUCGCUUCACCAUAUGAAGUCGUCGACGUGAGCGGUACACAUGGCGGACAGAAAGGUAGAUCCUCUCAGACAUAA